AUGUCAGGUGACAUUGUGCUGCAUCAAGUGGAAAUAACCAAUUUGUUACAGCACUCAACUCUCCCGUAAUGCCAUGAAAAUAUUCCCAAAAGAGCCUGGAUAGGAAGGAGCACCGUGAUGUGGCUGUUUGUAACCAUUGCUUAUUUAAUGUGCAUCAAUGAAAAGUCAGAUGCGAGCCCCGAGGUGUCCAUGGAUGUUGGUGAAAUUGUCCGCUACCACGGGUACCCCUACGAGGAGCAUGAAGUGGUGACAGAUGACGGCUAUUACCUCACCAUGCAGAGAAUUCCCCAUGGCAGAGAUGACCUGGGAAGCAUGAGCACCUCCCAUGAAGCAGAGGCACAGGGCUCCAGCAUGUUCUGUCCCCCUCCAAAGCCCGCGGUCCUCCUGCAGCAUGGACUGGUGUUGGAGGGAAGCAACUGGGUUACCAACUUGCCUAACAAUAGCCUGGGUUUCAUCCUUGCUGAUGCUGGCUACGACGUCUGGAUUGGAAACAGCCGGGGGAACAGCUGGUCACGAAAGCACAAAGAGUUUGAGUUUCAGCACCAGGAAUACUCAGCUUACAGCUUUCAUGAGAUGGCCAUGUAUGACCUUCCAGCAACGAUCAACUAUAUUCUGAAGAAAACUGGACAGGAGCAGUUAUACUACGUGGCUUACUCUCAAGGCACCACCACAGGUUUCAUUGCAUUUUCAUCUAUUCCUGAGCUGGAUCGCAAAAUCAAGAUGUUUUUUGCCUUGGCUCCUAUCACAACAAACUCAAAUAUGAAGUCACCCUUGGCAAGGGUGUUUGACCUUCCCGAGGGGCUGGUUAAGCUCGUUUUAGGACAUACAGUGGUCUUCGAUAAGGGUGAGAUCUUGCAUCAAGUGAUUUCCAGUCUGUGCAGCUACCCCAUCUUUAAAAGCUUUUGCUCCUUGGUCCUUUACUUGCCUGGUGGGUUUACCAACAGCUUAAAUGUGAGCCGCAUAGAUGUCUACCUGUCCCGCUACCCUGAUUCGACAUCCCUAAAAAACAUGUUACACUGGCGCCAGCUCUAUCAAACAGGAGAAUUCAAAUAUUAUGAUUACGGCAGUGACAACAUGCUUCAUUACAACCAGACCACACCUCCCUUCUAUCAGCUGGAAAACAUGAAAGCCCCGCUUGCUGCAUGGUAUGGUGGCAGGGACUGGAUUUCAGCCCCCGAAGAUGUAAACAUCACACUGCCUCGUAUAACAAAUGUGACAUACAAAAAGUACAUUCCCGAAUUUGUCCACUUUGAUUUUCUUUGGGGUAUGCAAGUGUAUGAACAAGUAUACAAAGAAAUUCUUGAACUGAUGGAGAAGAGUGCCUAGAGUUGGAUCAGUGGCAGUAAUUGUUGGUUUCUCAUUUGACUUCUCGGGCUUCUUUUAUUUGGGGAAAAAAAAAAAAGUGCAGAAAAAAGAGGGGGAAAGUCUUGUUAAACGGCUGCACUUGGUUUGGACUGAUACUACACUGGCAAGUGAGGAAAACAAGCCAAUCCAAUGAUCGGGAAAGCACGUAGGAUUUAGGUUAAAUAGGCUGAGGUCCUUGCAGAAGUUGGGCAUGGCCCUUGGAUCCUGAGUCUCCCAGAUGCCUCACUCACGUGGGUUUCCAGCAACAAGUAACUUCAGUGAAAUUUGGCUCCUGGUUGCCAUUGAGGGCUCUGACCUCCCUGUGUUUGGGUUCCCAGCUGCAAACACCUGGACAGCAGCUCAGCUCCCUCCUGGAUGCUGAUGUUUCACAAGAGUAGGUGUGCUUGGAUGGGACCAUAUGGUGGGUUGAGCAAUGAAUCCUGCCAUCGUAGCUUUAUCCACCUUCCGGU